AAAAUGUCACUGAUUGAAAUUUAGAAAGGCUAAUCAACAUGCACAGAUAAGAUACUGCCAGUGACUAUAAAAAAGAGCUAUUUAAGUAUGCCCCAGACAGUUAAGGCAACAAAAUUUAUAUUAUGUAGUAAGACUUUCAACAUUAUUAGAUUAAAUGAUACUGAUAAAAAAUACAGGCUGCUCUUACACUAACAAGUUAAAUAAUUUUGUGAGUUGCAUUAUAUAACGACUAGUAGAGAUAUUGAAAGAUCUUGUAUAAGAAUAUACAUUAGCCUCUUCUAUUAAGAAAAUAUGAAGAUUGGUUUUUGUACUUUGCCCUUCACCUUAGCAAUUUUCUUCAAUUAUAUUGAAUUAAGUUCACAGAAUUAUGAAAGGCUGUCCGGACAGGUCCACGAGCCGCGCGGAGGGCCUAGUACGUCUAGACGUAGCGGCGAAAAUGAAAGCUCAUAUGAAAAUCGUCAAUGCAUACCACAAAACGAGGCAGAAGUUCAGCCUAAAACGAAAUUAUCUGGUGCUCAGAUAGUUCCUGAUAAUAUUUUUUACGAAAAAGAUGGCAUCUUCUUUCCACUUGACAUUUUUAUUGCAGCAACCAAGCAUCAUUUUACGUACGGAAGAGUCGAAAAUGGUUAUGUUCGUCCAAUAUAUAAUAAAAAUCGCAAAAUGGUUAUAAUAGACUGUAUUCAGAAGUCUGUACACGAAAUAACUGCACAAGAAGCUGAGAAAAUGGGUAUUAAUAAACCUAUCCCAGCAGCCCCAAUCAAACCUUACGAAGUUCCCAAAAACAACAUCGGAAACAUACGACGCAGAAACAAACUUAUACCCAAUUAAUGUAAAUAAAGAAAUCAGCCGAUUUACUACUUAGUAUAAUUUUCAUUUUUCCGAAUCACUAGUUUCCCCUAUUUUCAGUUUUCCAAAUUAUCAUUUUACA